AUGGGAGGCCUGCUGAAGGGGGAAACUGAUGUACACAAAUGGAAACGCAUCAUGAAGAGUGAAAUAUGGGAAGCAAAAGAUGAUUCGGUUUUGCCAGUUCUUAGAUUGAGCUAUAAUCAUCUGUCUUCAAAUCUAAAGCAGUGCUUUGCAUAUUGUUCUAUGUUUCCAAAAUCUGAUGCAUUUGAUAAGAAUCAAUUGACCAAGUUAUGGAUGGCACAAGAAUUCAUUCUUACCAAGAAGAAUGAGAAGACAGAGGAUAUUGGAAGUGACUACUUCAAUAAUUUGGAGAAGAGGUUCUUCUUUGAAAUUUCAAGCGAUGAUAGCACAAAAUAUAGGAUGCAUGACCUUAUCCAUGACUUAGCACAAUCAAUGGCACAUCCUUUUUUUUCCCAAGUGAAGGACGAAAGACCAAUGUCCACCAAAAAAGAGUCACUUAGCCUUAAAGAAAACUCUCGUCAUGUAUCAUUGCUAUGUAAAGAGGUUGAGCAGCCUAUUUUAGAGAUAGUCGACACAUCAAAGAAGCUGCGGACACUUGUAUUUCCAGCUGGACACUUGAAAGCCUUCGGCCAUGCCCUACAGAAAGUGUUUGAUGAGCUUUCAUACAUACGAGUGUUGGACCUGAGUUCAAGCACGCUAAAGAAACUGCCAAAAUCAAUUGAAAAGUUGAAGCUUUUGCGUUAUCUCAACCUAUGCAAAACUGAAAUAAAAAAGCUUCCCAAUUCAAUAUGCAGACCCUACAAUCUGGAGACACUGAAACUCUUGGGUUGUCCUUGGCUUUUCAAGUUGCCCAGAGAUCUCGCAGACCUUACCAACCUGAGAUAUCUAGAGCUGGAUGAAAUGUUCUGGUCCGUGGUCUGUAUUCUGCCACCAAACAUAGGACGUUUAACUAGCCUGCAUAAUUUGCAUGCCUUCCAUGUUGGCUGCGAAACUGGAUACAGGCUUGAAGAGUUGAAGAAUAUGGUUUAUCUUACAGGAACCUUGCAUAUCUCAAAACUUGAAAAUGCAGCGACUGUUGGGGAUGCAAACUUGAAAGACAAGGAAUGGCUUCAGAAAGUGGUAUACGAAUGGAGCAAUCAAAAUAUUAACACACAAGACAAAGCCAGAGAAGAAGAGGUACUUGAAGAACUGCAGCCCCACUCAAAUGUCAGAGAGGUCCACAUUUUUCACUACAGAGGCAUUGAAUUACCAACUUGGAUGAAAAAUGGACAACUGCAAAACUUGGUUGCUAUCUCCUUGAAGCAUUGCGCAAGAACCAAAAUCCUCAACCUUGGCCAGCUUCCCAAACUCAAAGAAGUUCGCCUAAAAAAUAUGCAGGUGUUGGAAGAAUGGCAAGAGGAGCAGCAAGAGGAGCACUACCCAUCCUUGAAGAAGCUGAAGAUCAGUCACUGCCCCAAACUGACAAAGUUGCCUUGUUUCUUUCCUAAGCUAGAUCAUUUGAAGAUCAAAAAGUGUGACUUACUGGAAACUAUUCCCUUGGCCCCUCUGACUAAUAUAACACUUGUUGACAAUCCUCUUCUAAAGCACUUGAAUGAAGAUCUACCAGUCGGAAUAGUAUACAAACAACGGCCAGAAGAAACUAGAGAGGUCAAAAUUAGUAAUUGCCCCGAGCUGCUCAAACUGCCAGAUUUUCUCUAUCUGGAUAAACUGGAGAUAAUCGGGUGCAGAUCACUAACUGCCUCCUGGGAAAAGGAAAAUGUAGAAGAUCUUCAGCACUUGGCAAUGGAUACUUAUAUCGAUGACAAAUUACUAAGUCUGAUACAUGGAAACAACACUUUGCACUCUGGUGAUUUCAAACAUCUCCAAUGUAAAGUCUCCUCCCAAAUGGCCAAGCAUCCCAAGUCUCAAAGCUCUCUAUAUCCAUGGCUGGGAACAUCUUGA